AUGAGUGUUUUAACUUCCGGUCGCGGAUACGAUUCACAACCUCCUGUUUAUUUAUACGGACAACAGGGUACCACUGCUACUACAACCACGACAACGACAAAUUCUUAUCAAACGAAUACUCGUUACGAUCCAUCUCAAAAUCAAUAUUACGAUGAUAAUUUUAAAAAUGUUUCUUAUAAUGUUGAUCCAUCGCCAUUUGGACAAAACAAUCAAAAUGUUUUUAUUCCGAUACACGAACUCAUGUUGUUACUUUCGAAUUUGGAUAAUGUUGGGUCUGAACAGUGCAGUGCAAAUGUUUAUGCACAAUGGGAGUAUGAAACUAACGUUAAUGACAUAACUCAAAUAAAUGCCUUGAGUGCACAACAAAAUCACGCAGCUUUCGAUAGAGAAAUAUCAGAAAUAUUAAAACAAAUACAAUAUAAUAAAUUUUACAAUUCAAAAUUAUGGAGAGAAUUAAGAUAUUUAUCUGUUGUUGGUGCAGCUGCACUACCGAUCGACGAUUACGAAAGGUAUAAUAGAAUGAUUAGCGAAAUGGUUGCCGUUUACGGUCGAGCAUCCAUAUGCGCAUAUAACGAACCUUUUCGAUGUAAUCUUCGACUUAGUCCAGAUUUGACGGUGAUAAUGGCAAGAAGUCGGGAUUGGGAUGAAUUACAACAUACCUGGGUCGAAUUCAGAAGACGUACCGGACAAUACAUAAAAGAUAUGUACGAUCAGUUGGUAGACCUGACAAACGAAGCAGCUAAAUUAAACAAUUUUACGGAUGCGGAAGAAAUGUGGAAUUUUCCAUACGAUUCACCUAAUUUCGAACAAGAGAUCGAAGAAGUUUGGUCACAAAUAAGACCCCUGUACGAACAACUUCAUGCAUACGUGAGAAGAAAAUUGAGGGAUCUUUAUGGACCGGAAAAAAUAAGUAAUCGUGCACCACUUCCGUCUCAUAUAUUAGGGAAUAUGUGGGCACAAUCGUGGACGAACAUAUUAGACGUGACGUUACCGUAUCCCGGUAAAACUUUACUGGACGUCACGCCAAACAUGCAAAUCCAGGGAUAUACACCCCUAACCAUGCUUCAAUUAGCCGAAGAAUUUUUUAUAUCAAUGAAUUUAAGUGCGAUGCCUCCAGAAUUUUGGGCUGGAUCAAUAAUUACGGAAAUACCCGAAAGAGUAAUUAAUUGUCAAGCAUCCGCAUGGGAUUUUUGCAAUCGUCAGGAUUACAGAUUAAAAAUGUGCGCUAAAGUUAACAUGAAAGAUUUUGUUUCGAUGCAUCACGAAAUGGGUCACAUACAAUAUUUUUUACAAUAUAAAAAUCAACCUAAAGUUUUCAGAGAUGGUGCAAAUCCAGGUUUUCACGAAGCCAUUGGAGAAAUGAUUGCACUUUCCGUCGGUGGUCCGACUCAUUUACAAAAAUUAGGUUUGAUACAAACAUCAAUAGACGACGUACCAUUAGAUAUAAAUUAUUUAUUUAGUUUGGCAAUGGAUAAAUUGCCAUUUUUGCCAUUUGCUUACGUCAUGGAUAAAUGGAGAUGGGACGUGUUCAAGCGAGUCGUUUCAAAGGAACAAUUUAAUUGUCAUUGGCAUUCUUUAAGGGAACGUUAUUUAGGGGUUAAACCACCCUUACUACGAUCAGAAUUCGAUUUCGAUCCAGGUUCCAAAUAUCACAUACCGGCAAACGUACCUUACAUAAGGUAUUUUUUCAGUACAGUUUUACAAUUUCAAUUACAUAGACAUUUAUGCAGGAUAUCCGGUCAAUACGAUCCAAAUGAUUCGACAAAAAGUUUGCAUAAGUGCGACAUUUAUAGAAAAAUCCAAGCCGGAAACGUAUUGAAGGAGCUUAUGAAAUAUGGUUCGUCGCUGUCGUGGAAAGAAGUUUUAUACAGGUCGAUAGGAGAAAAUAAAUUGGAUGGCAGUGCACUACGCGAUUUUUUCAGACCUUUGGAAGAAUGGUUGAGAAAUGAAAAUUUAAGAAGGAACGAAUAUCCCGGUUGGAUAUACGGUAAGUGA